CCAUCUUGCUUACCGACACGCGAUCAUCCAUCCAAUCCGAAGAGUCGUGAAAGGGCGUGCCGCACGGCUGGUCAGUGGUGUUCAUCGGCGGCGCACUGCCGACAAGUGAGACGCAUCUCGGCGGGCAAGACGGGGAAAGCAAAAUGAGCGGAAUCGCUGAGGCGAGGUUGCGGGAGGAGCGAAAGGCUUGGCGCAGGGACCACCCCGUUGGGUUUCACGCGAAGCCCAUGCUCAAGGAUGACAGUUCUACAGACCUCCUGCGUUGGGAGUGCGGCCUACCUGGCCCGGCGGACACCGAUUGGGCCGGAGGUCUGUAUACCGUGACAAUGGAGUUUACCGAAGACUACCCUUCCAAGCCGCCAAAGUGCAAGUUUGUCCCUCCGCUUUUCCACCCCAACGUCUACCCAUCGGGAACAAUCUGCCUGAGCAUUCUGGACGAGGACGAAGGGUGGAGGCCAGCCAUCACCAUCAAGCAGAUGCUCUUGGGUAUCCACGACCUGUUCGACACCCCCAAUCCCAACAGCCCGGCCCAGUCAGAGGCCUACCAGCUGUUCGUGACCAACAAGGAAGAGUACAAGCGACGCGUACGUCUUGAAGCCCAGAAAAAUAUACCGUCCACGUGACCCCGCCUUGACCGGCUUGGCUCGGGAAGGAUGGUCCCGUUUUUCGCAAAGGCCAUUGUUCGUUCGUUGUGGUCAGGGGGCAUUGGCAAGCGUGCUCAGGGCUCAUCGUGUGCCCAGGCUCUUUUUAGGCAAGCAUGCAGCCUGCAAUGACAGAGUGCGCAACGUCGUGCCGGUCAUUUGGUGCGGGGGAACUCGAUUAUUGGAGGAUCAAGCCAACUCUGGAGUGUCUGGAGACCGCCUUAAUCUUGCCGUAAUUGUUUCCUUGCUCGUUGUCUCGAGCAGUUCCCGAUGCAGGGCAGGCCUUUUUUUGGUUCGGAACCAGGUCUAGCUCAGCCCGUUGUAUGUAGCAAGGUCAAGAGGCAGCAGGCUAGCCCUCUGCGUCGUUAGAGUGCUCUCAUACAUGCUGGUGUUUUUCGGUUGUUCACGUGCCGGUUUCUGUUCCACCUGUGGCGUGGUAUGUGGUGGCUGCGGCGUUCACCAGUUUGUGCUGCUGUUCGACGCUGGGGGUAGCGAACGAAAUGUACAGUGUACCCGGAUGGCGUUCGAUCGUCGUACCUACUUGCGGCACAUGCAUCAAAGUAGGGUGGUUACCCUUUGACAACAAGCGCG